UCCUCAUUUGGCCCCUGGUCUCGGCGCUCCGCUGCUUUCUGCUCCAAACGACUGGUUCGGCCUGUGGACCUUCCUUGGCAGCUGUUUGGGAUGGUGAUGGCCGCUCUGACGGUUUGAUGCCCACUAGGACCCUUGGAUGUGGCUCCCAGGAGCGGUUUUCCAGAGAAGCGACUCCGUCAGCCAGGUCGCUAACCUGGGUUUGUUUUUCCGCUGUUAGCUUAGUUGAUGGGGUCCCAGCGUGACCGCAGCUUCUGCAGACCGCUGCCGCCAUUUCUUCCGUCUUUUCGCUCCCGUGCAUCAGUGUUGUGACAGCAGCCCUGCGCUCUUCGCUUCCUGACUUCAGAUGAUGGAUGAAGACUUUUCCAGCACCUUCCCAGCUCAGUUUUCAACUCAUCUUCCACAAAAGGAGCAGCUAUCAAACUUUCUGCAGAGAGGCUGAAUACUUGCCCUGCUGGGGGUGUUCAGGAACCUCCCCUAGUUACUCUGAACUCUUUAGGAAUAACAUACGGAAGUUCUUUUUUUUUUUUUUUUUUUUUUUUUGGUCCGGUCCGGCCGGCUGUGUUAGUUUUCAAAACUGGGGCGCAACUCAUGGGAUGCAACCAUGUCGGAUCUUAGCGAGCGCAGGCCGGUGAACGCCGACUACGCCGUCUCCCUGCUGGAGCAGCUCAAGUUCUUCUAUGAACAGAAGCUGCUCACCGACGUGGUGCUGCUGGUGGAGGGCUCAGAGUUCCCCUGUCACAAGAUGGUCCUGGCCACGUGUAGCUCCUAUUUCAGAGCCAUGUUCAUGAGUGGACUGAGCGAGAGCAAGCAGACGCAUGUGAGCCUGAGGAACGUGGACCCGGCCACGCUGCAGAUCAUCAUCACCUACGCCUACACGGGGAAUCUGGCCAUCAGCGACAGCACGGUGGAGCCGCUCUACGAGACCGCCUGCUUCCUCCAGGUGGAGGAUGUCUUGCUGCAGUGCAGAGACUACCUGGUGAAGAAGAUCAACGCAGAGAACUGCGUCCGCAUGCUGAGCAUCGGCGACCUCUUUAGCUGCAGCGAGUUGAAGCAGAGCGCCAAGCGGAUGGUGGAGCACAAGUUCCCGGUGGUGUACCGGCAGGAGGCCUUCCUGCAGCUCUCCCACGAGCUCCUGAUCGACAUCCUCAGCAGCGACAACCUCAACGUGGAGAAGGAGGAGGCGGUGCGCGAGGCGGCCAUGCUGUGGUUGGAGUACAACAUGGAGGCGCGCUCGCAGCACCUGUCCUCCGUGCUCAGUCAGAUCCGCAUCGACGCGCUGUCAGAGGUGACCCAGCGGGCCUGGUUCCAGGGUCUGCCCCCUAACGACAAGUCUGUGGUGGUGCAGGGCCUCUACAAGUCCAUGCCCAAGUUCUUCAAGCCCCGCCUGGGCAUGACCAAGGAGGAGAUGCUCAUCUUCAUGGAGGCCAUGUCAGAGGUGCAAGGCGACGGCUACGUCAUGUCCACCUCCGUGCCGACGGCCAUAGUGUGUUACAGCCCCCAAGCGGAGAAGGUGUACAAGCUCCACAACCCCCCAGGAGAUCUGCAGAAGGUGGGGACCCUGGUUACCCCCGACAACGACGUGUACAUCGCCGGCGGACAGAUCCCCCUGAAGAACUCCAUCGCCAACCACGGCAAAGGCAGCAGGUUGCAGGCCGUCUUCCGCUCCGUCGACAGCUUCUUCUGGUUCGACGCCCAGCAGAACUCCUGGGUCCCCAAGACCCCCAUGCUUUGUGCCCGGAUCAAGCCCUCCCUGGUGUACUGCGAGGGCUGCAUCUAUGCGAUCGGCGGGGACAGCGUGGGGGGGGAGCUGAACAAGCGCACGGUGGAGCGCUACGACUGCGAGAAGGACGAGUGGACCAUGAUGAGCCCCCUGCCCUUCGCCUGGAACUGGAGCACGUCGGUGGUGGCGCACGGCUGCAUCUACGUGAUGACGCACGACCUGACGUACUGCUACUUCCCCCGCGCCGACACCUGGGUGGAGAUGGCCAUGCGCAAGACCAGCCGCUGCUUUGCCUCGGCCGCCGCCUUCGGCGACCUCAUUUUCUACAUCGGGGGGCUCCACGUGGUCAGCAACUCUGGCGUCCGCAUGCCCACCAGCACCAUCGAUGGCUCCUCCGUCACCGUGGAGAUCUACGACGUCAACAAGAACGAGUGGCGCGCCGCCGCCAACAUCCCCGCCAAGCGCUACUCGGACCCAUGCGUGCGCGCCGUGGUGCUGCUCGGCUCUCUGUGCAUCUUCAUGCGUGAAACCCACAUGAACGAGCGCGCCAAGUACGCCAUCUACCAGUACGACGUGGAGCUGGACCGCUGGUUCCUGCGGCAGCCGGUGUCUGAGCGCGUGCUGUGGGACCUGGGAAAGGACUUCCGCUGCGCCGUGGGGAAGCUCUACCCCUCCUGCCUGGAGGAGUCGCCGUGGAAACCCCCCACCUGCCUGUUUUCCCCAGACGGAGCAGAUGAGUUUGAGGUGGACGGGGAGCUGGUGACCUUCCCCCACGUAUAGCUGUCACCCCCCCCUCCACCUGACUGAAUGAACCAGAAGUCCAAUAUUAAAGGGGGAGGGGCUUCCUCUCCCCACGUGGUCAAUAGCUUUGUGUUUGUUUUUGGCGGGGGGGGGGGGGCGUUGGUGAAAAAGGAUGCUCCUUCCGAUGUUGGAGAACGCCCCAACACCUGUACUCGGGGGUCCGAUCCUCUACACAGACGUGGUGAUGAAGAGCAUGCCCCCCCCCCCCCUUCUUUUACUGGUAAAGAAAUACUCUGCAUUAGCGUGUGAGAUGUUCACGCAGCUCUGAAAAACACCAACGCAAAACUCUGAGCUCGUUUGUUCAUGUCUGUUCGAACGGCUUCUUCCAAUAAAGGUUAUUCAAAAACGGCCUUCAUGACCACAAACGCUGCAGAGCUCAGCAGAUCGAGCCGCUGCUCCGUCUCCAGGUUGUGUGCAGAGUACUUCUUUACGCGUCCGAUCAUGCGUUCCCCUCAACGACCCCCGAUAGGUUGUGAGGUGGGGCGGGGGGGAUUUGAACCGACGGCGGCUGCAGGUCCAGCCUCCCUCUCUGCCCCACCCUCCUCCCCGACUCCACCUCCGCAGCUCCAUCUGCUCACAGGCUCAUGCGUUUUUAUUUGUAAGCUGCUGAAAUCUAGAAAUAUCUAUAAAAAUAUCUAUUUUCAUAUGUGUAAAGACAGCUGUUCUGAGUGAUGGGGGGACCAACUCGAUUUUGUAUUUGUUGUUUCUUUUUAAGUUUAACAUCAGACUUUACUGUAGUGUGGUUGUUGGUUCCACCCCUUCGCUUUGUUUUUUGGUUUUUUUCCUGGAGUGAAUAUCCAUAAAUACUGCUGCUGACCUCCACCCUGGGGUGUUGCUAUGGAAACCAGCCCAGCACUAGGACUGCUGGGGAUACAAAGGUGUUUGUGUGUGUAUGUGUGUGGGGGGGGGGUUUCCUCUUACCUUUAAGAAUACAUGAGCACGGGUGCUUCAUGACGAACAUUACGAGCAUGUUUGGCUGCAUUAUUUUCCAUCAGCACUGUAUUUUGAAUGAACAUUAAUUUAUUAAAAUACAUACCAAACCUUC